UAUUCGCGGAACAAUCACAUUUGUAUCGAGGAGGGAUCUUAUGCAAUGUGGAGGGAAGUGUUUACGUGAGAAUGACAUCAGGCGUAAGUUGAGGAUCUGCGCUGUAUUGCAGCAAGGUGCACCGGCGCGUGAGGUGGCAGGGACUAAUGCACGCACCCUCCAAGCGGGACGUUUUGCGGGGAUGUUCUGUGUCCUAAACAAACACGAGACUUAUAAGGCCAUACAUCCUGAGCUGGAGAACUGCGUCACUGCAUGCGCGAGCUGCAGGUAGGCAGCAAACUCUCCCACCAGCGGGGAGGCGCGUGCUCAUUCUCCUCCCUGCACCAUGUCACCGGUAAGUGUUUAACAAGUUACCGGGAUGGAUUCGGCGGAAGAUUCAAGAAAAGACCCGCCACUGGUGUCUACGUUUUCCUCAGCGCCUAAUUUAGACUCGGACAUUAACGCCAAUGCCCGCAGACCUGUCUAUGAGAACGGGACGGACCACAAUGUCAACAUCCAGAACGAAGCCCUGCGAGGGGCGAGUGACCCCAGCGCCUACCCGUCCAACGACUACCAGGGGCUGGUCCGCCAGAGGUUCAUCCGCCGGAGCCUCUGGAUGUCAGACUCCGAGGAGCAGCCGCUUGACACCCAGGAGUGUGUUAACAGCAGCCCGGUGCUCAACAUCGACCUGCGGACCAUCGUGGACCGUAGUCGGACCCGGGCCCUGCACGGUGCCAGGCUGUGCCUCCCGGAGAGCUCGAGCACCGAGAGCCAGGUGGGCUUAAAGGACAGCGUCACGGAGAGCUCGAGCACCGAGGAAGAGAAGGGGGGCACAAGAGUGAGCGAGCCAAAGGCAGAGGUCGUGCCCUCUGACGUCACAGGCAAAGCAGGAAGCGAUGAGAAUGAAGAGGAGCCAGGGAUGAAGGCGGUGUCCACCUCACCAGGGGGCCGCUUCCUCAAGUUUGACAUUGAGCUGGGGAGAGGCUCCUUUAAGACAGUUUAUAAAGGUCUGGACACCGAGACGUGGGUGGAAGUGGCGUGGUGUGAACUCCAGGAACGGAAACUGUCCAAAGCUGAGAGACAAAGGUUCAAAGAGGAGGCAGAGAUGUUGAAGGCACUGCAGCACCCCAACAUCGUGCGGUUCUACGACUUCUGGGAGUCACCGGUGAAAGGGAAGAAGUGUAUCGUUCUGGUGACUGAGCUGAUGACUUCAGGGACGCUAAAAACCUACCUGAAGCGUUUUAAGGUGAUGAAGCCCAAAGUCCUCCGGAGCUGGUGCAGACAGAUCCUCAAAGGCCUCCACUUCCUCCACACAAGGACUCCUCCCAUCAUCCACAGAGACCUCAAGUGUGACAACAUCUUCAUCACAGGUCCUACCGGCUCUGUUAAAAUCGGAGACCUGGGCCUAGCAACACUGAAGAGGGCCUCCUUUGCUAAAAGUGUUAUAGGCACUCCAGAGUUCAUGGCCCCAGAAAUGUAUGAGGAGCACUAUGAUGAAGCUGUGGAUGUUUACGCGUUUGGGAUGUGCAUGCUGGAGAUGGCAACCUCAGAAUACCCCUACUCCGAGUGUCAAAAUGCAGCUCAAAUCUACCGCAAAGUGACCAGUGGGGUGAAACCUGCCAGCUACAGUAAAAUCAGUGACCCUGAAAUAAAGGAAAUAAUUGGGGAGUGUAUCUGUCACAGAUGGGAAGAAAGGUACUCCAUCAAGGACCUCCUGAAUCAUGCAUUCUUUGCAGAGGAUACAGGUGUGAGGGUGGAGCUCAAUGAAGAAGAUGAUGGGAAGAAAUCCUCUAUUGCCCUGAAGCUGUGGGUGGAAGAUCCUAAAAAGCUAAAGGGAAAAUACAAAGACACUGGCGCCAUUGAGUUUACCUUUGACUUGGUGAACGAGGUCCCAGAGGUUGUUGCUCAAGAAAUGGUGGAGUCUGGUUUUUUUCUUGACUGUGAUGUGAAGAUUGUUGGGAAGUCCAUUCGGGACCGUGUGGCACUCAUCAAAUGGAGGAGGGAGCGAACUGUACCAUCAGGAAAUGGCGAGUCAGCUGUAAAGAAGACACAGCAGAACCUACUGCAGGUUCCUGGCUCAGGUGUGCCAGAGGGUGCCACGUUAUCCACGACGGAUUAUGAGGAUCAAGAGAUUGAGCCACAGACUCUGAUCUGUACCGUGCCAGCCACCACGUCAACCACAUCUGACAGUGGCGUGAGCUCUACCAUGCAAUUAGACAAUCUAAAUCAGCAAAAUGGCUCCUACCAGUCCCUUCCAGAGCCCAUCUCCACAGCUCAGAUAGUCUACAGUCCUCCUGCACAGGCUGACUCUCAGCUACAGCAGGGGCCCUACCAGCAACCCACAGCACAGACCUCACAGGAAAACUACACACAAGUGGCCACUCAGUUACACCAGGGAGCCUACCAGCAAACCACAGGUCAGCUGCAUCCUGGGGCUUAUCAACAACCGGCAUCGCAACUGCACCCAGGGCCUUUUCAGUCUCAAACAACAGUUUCCGCUCCAGCUACGCCGGCCCCUGCUCUGCACCAGAGUAGACAGACAGCGCAGAGCUUCCCAGCUGCAGCCCCUGCUCUACAGACACAGAUUACUGCGCUGCCAGGCCAGGAGCAGCACCUUCUCCAGCACCAAUCAGCUGCUGUCCUGCCGCAGCUCAUACCUGCUGACCAGACCACAUCUCACCUAAGUCCUCCUGACAUAGCCACCAGUUUUCCACAGUCAGUUUCCUGUGCUCCUCCUCCUCUCCUGCCACUGCAGAUCAGCACACAGUUUCCCUCCCCAUACCCUGUUGUUCAAACAGGGGGCAUCAAUCCCCCCUCUUUCCCUGCAGCUCCUCUGCCAUGCGCCUACAGCAGCAACGGCCCUCCUUUGUCCAGCUCCCGCUUUUCCCCUUCACCGCAGCAUCCAUCCCUCCCUCUGACCCCUCACGCUGCCUUCCCCUCUGCACCCUCUCUCAGCACCCCUCAGACCCCUCUAUCCACACCUCAGCAUGUGCCCAGUGUGGCACUCCAUAUCCCCCUACUUACCAUGACCAUGUCCCCUGCAGUCUCCCAGCAGCAGGACGGCACUCUGUCAUCUCAGUCUAACCUUGGUAGCUUCCACACCACACACCCCUUACCUCUCUCCCAGGUACAACCCACCCCCUACCCUGCCCCCCACCCUGAGCAGGAACUGGCUGAGCAGCCUGUCCAGGUCCAGGCUCCAGUCCAGCCUGUGUUGCCAGUUGCUCCAGCUCCUCUCUGGGGAAGUGGAGUCGAUACAGAGUCUACUGCAAUUGGCCAAGACUUACCUGUAGCACCUAAAGGAAAAGCCCCAGUCCAAGACUCAAUCUCAGUCUCAGCUACAGAAAAAACUGGAGCUCAAGCCCAUAUACAACCUCUAGCUCUGGUCCAAGAACAAGACCAACCAUCAGUCCCAGUACCAGCUCAAGCAGCAUCCAUCCCUGAAACGACAGCCUCAACCCAUCCAAAACCUCCAACCUCAGUCCUCAUACAAGCUCCAAUAACAGAUCAAGCUCCAUUUCAAGCUCCAGUGUCUGUAUCAGGACCCUAUCUUGAACCAUCAAAAGGCUUUUCUACUAGCUCAGAUACAUCUGGUUUAGUCUCAACCUCAGUCCCUGUCUCAGUGCCAGCAGCCACUAUUCAGUCAGCAGUAGCUGCCAAAGCUCCAGCUCCUGUCGCAGCUUCAGCCCAGGCUCCAGCUCUGCAGCCUGAUGGCACUCAGACAGCAGGCUCAGUGUCUGAGUGUGCCAGCCUGGCCACAGCUCAGCAAAACUUUGAGCCCACUUCUACAUCCAGCACUUUUCAACAAGAGCCCUGCAUAGAGGAUGUUCUCCAGGAAAAAACCAUAUCUUUACCCAGUUAUGCCUAUGACAGUCUUAACUCUGAUGUAACGUCGGGUAAGGAAACCAGCGAUGGCUAUGACAGCUUGGCAAGUGGAGGAAAAGGUGACGGGAAACCCAGGAAACACCAUCGCAAGUCUGCUCGCACACGCUCCAGGCAGGAGAAGACCAGCAAACCCAAACUGAGCAUGCUCAAUGUUUGCAACACUGGGGAUAAAAUGGUGGAAUGCCAGCUUGAGACUCACAACCACAAAAUGGUGACCUUUAAAUUUGAUCUGGACGGAGAUGCUCCAGAGGAAAUUGCUACUUACAUGGUUGAGAAUGGCUUCAUCCUUCUGUUGGAAAAGGAGAUCUUCAUUGACCAGCUAAAGGAUAUAGUAGAUAAAGCUGAAGACAUGCUGAAUGAAGACAUGGAGGGGGAAAGAACAUCUACUUUAAGUUGUAGUCCUCAACAAGGCCUUAUUUCUGAAGGGCUGGUGGGAGAGAAUCAGCAGCCUGGAGCUCCUCAGCCUGUAUAUCAACAGAAUGUUCUUCACACAGGGAAGAGAUGGUUCAUAAUCUGCCCUGUAGAGGAGACCCCUGCAUCCAGCCAGGACACCCCGUCUGAUGGGACAACAACACAGUCUCCAGGAAGUUCAACCACAACCCAACCUGCUGACAGCGGCAUUGCCAGGCCGUCUGCAUCCAGAGAAGAAGGGUCAUCUUCCACAAUGUCUGGUGGAAGUGGAGGCUUCACCUAUGACGUGUAUGGAUUCUGCAGUCCUCCGAUAAUGUCCAACACAGACCCUCUCCUUUUAGCCACUCUGUCACCCCCAGUGUCUGCUCCCCCAACACUUCAGUCAGUGUCCUCAGUGGAGCCAGCAGGCAGUGUGGUGCAGCCCAGUGUUCAUCAGGCACAGCCAGGCAGAGCUCAGAUUUUGCCCCCCUCAUCUCCACAUACAUCAUUUCCCACUGAAGAAUCACAAAGCUCUCCUCUGGGCUCCGUCUCCCCGAUCCAUGCAGCCCAGCAGCUGCCAGACCUGACAUGUCCUGUUUCUGUGGCUGAUGAGGUGCCCUGCUGUCCUCUGGUCAUGCCUCUGUCUCUGGAAGUGAGCGCUUUACAGGCGGGGCCUCCUCUCGUUCCUCUCCCGCUCCAAGACUCUGGGUCAACCAAAGAACCACUGUCGGUCUCCUACACCUCUGCAGCACGAAGCGAUCGGCCGCAGCAGCCUGUUGUGCUCCACCAGCCAUUUUCCACUGUGGGCGGGACCAAAGCACCCUCACUGCCCCAGAGUCCGGCACCGUCCCAGCACGGUGCAGGGCCCGGUGAGUCAGACGGAGAGGGACGACUGGGCCGUGGCGGCUUUGUGGAUAGCACCAUAAAAACACUGGAUGAGAAACUAAGGAACCUGCUCUACCAGGAGUAUGCUCCUAUGUAUCCAUCAGGCAGCGCUGCAGAGACGCCGGGCUCUGGUACUGAAUAUAUCCAGUCUCCUCCUGGUCCAGACAGCGCAACAGGGGGGUCAGGAAACAGCACCCCAGGACCCAUGGGAGAGGGGCGCUACAGGGGAGGAGAACAGCUGCCUCAAAUUCCAGAGAGAAUGGAUAGUUUGAGCACACUGAGUGACUCAGCUGUGUGUGCGUCCUUGUCAAGAAGACAAGUCCCUCACUCUGCUUCCUGCUCCGGAACAAGAGGAAGAUUUAAGAUAAUCUCAGUUCCCCCUGAAGUGGCAAACAGACGCGAUGUGAAACAAAGGAGCUGGAGCAGCGCUGCCUCACCCGCACAUCCUACAGGAUACCCUGAGGACCUGACUCCAGCUGAGGCCAUUGCCAUUUCCACCACCAUUGGUCGUUUCUCUGUGAUCAGCACUGAAGACGACAUCACCCAAAGGACACGUUGCAGUCGCUACUCUGCACCUCCUGAUUUCUACCUGGACACACCCCCCUCCAUGGCCAAGCGGGGGUCCAUACCACGAGCUCUGACUUCCCCAUCCGUCCCUGUGGAGGUCACAGUCCACGCUCGUUUCCUCUCUUCAGACUCAGGGGCUGAAAGCAGCCCUGCAAAGAUGCCUCCUGCCACUCCGUCUCGGCACAAUCGCUCUGAGCGCAGAGGAAGUGACCUCAUGAAGAGAGCUGUAGCCUUCCUUCGCCGUUCAGGGCGCAGCAGCAGCUUGCAGAGCUCUGACUCACCGAGUAGGCAUGGGGGAGUGCAUGGCUCUGCCUACGCCAGUAGCGAUAAUGACUCGGAGAUGGAGGACUCUGACAUGAAGAAGGAACUGCAGAGACUCAGGGAAAAACACCUGAGGGAAAUCUCUGAGCUGCAGGCCAAUCAGCGAGGAGAAGUGGAGCUGCUGUAUCGCCGCCUUGGUAAAGCCCCUCCUCCUGGCCUGGGUCUCUCACAUAUUGCACCACAAACCAGCCGCAGAAAAAGGUCCAGCAAGCACAGACUGAAACCUGGCAAACUCCUAAGCCCCCUGGUUCAACAGUUUAGAAAUGUCACAACAAAAUCCAGUGACUCCAGCAAAUCCACUGCUGCUACAGGAACAGGAGAGGCCACAGUGAGUAUAAAUGGCUCUCCAGCAAAAGCAUCAUUUCCCACUCAUGGCAGGGCCCGCUCAUGCACCAGCCACUUGCCCAGCUCCACAUCAGAGCCUGUGCAGACUCAGCAGCCCUGCUCCCUCAAGGGCUCUUUGUCCUCUGAUAAUAUUUAUGCCGGACUACAUGGUGAUGGCACCGGCACACAAGCUCCCCCUGGACAAGGCUGGUCUAAUUACCCUCAAACAUCUGAGAGAGUGACCAAUAAAUCGAGUAGCAAGCCACGAGCUAGAUUUCUCAGUGGGCCUGUGUCUUUGUCUAUCUGGACAACACUGAAGCGUCUGUGUCUUGGCAAAGAGCGUGGCAGCAGGUCUGGAGCCUGCUCAGGGGUGUCAAAUCAAUCACAGCAACCACCUAUGGGUGCAACACCUCCUCCUCACCAGCCAGUGAUGGGUCUGGCUCAGGCACAGGCCAACAACAGCAACAACAAAACAGCCACAUACACUGGUUAUUCCAUGUGCCCAAACGACAACCUGCCUGAGGACCUGCAGCGGCUGAUGGAGGACUGGGCUCAGGAGGUCCUGAUCGUCACCCAUAGGCCUGGCACAGACUCUCUGAGCAUCAGCGGACAGCACUUUUGGGAUCAAGUCGUCCCUCGAACACAAGAACAUCUGGCUAGUGCUACACAUGUCACAUCAUGGACAGUCCCUGGUCCAGAGGCCUGCAGUCUUCCCUUGUCAUGGUCGGAAAGCCCCGGGUCAGCAAUGAAGACUUGCCCCUCUUCAGGGCCCCAUCAGGUGCCCUCAGCCUCUCCUUUCAGGGCCGUGUCGUCACAUGAGUCUGUUGGCCAGUGGCCUGGGUUUAUUUCCCCCCUUCCUUCAGGAGUCUUUGCCUUUCCUGCAUUGCCCUCAGCACAGGAUGCCGCCAGCCCCUCUCCAGCUCCAUCAUAUCAGCUACCUGACCCCAAAGCCAGGACUCUCUAAUUUGAGUAGCAUUGUGUCUUCCAGUUCUUUUACCAAAAAUAAAUUUCAGUAUAGGUCUAGUCAGUCCUAUUUGCAUAUACUGUAUAUAUAUAAUCAGCAUGAAAUUAACAAUAUGUACAAAGCCGUCUCAAGUCAUGAGUUUUGUUUCAUUUGUAUCAACAUACCUCAUGGCCGUGUUACAGUACAAAAUACUGAGUACAGUGUAAUGGUAGUAGUACAUUAAAAGAUGUCUAAUCGGCCCAACUGGGGUUAAAAGUGCAGAUUUUGUCAUUGCUCAUGUAUGUACCUCAUUGAAUGUACAUAUUGUACUGUUAUUUAUGCUGUGUUUAUAAAGUAGCUAAUGUUUGUGUUGCUCAUAUCACCCGACAUAUUUAAGCUGCCAUGUGUAUAUACAAAAUCCUGUCAGUCUGUAUAAAGGAGCUCCUGUGUUUAACGUUAGAUAAUCUAUGGGUUGGUGCUGCAGAUAUGUGUUAUAGUGCAGCACUUUAUUAGACACCAUCAUGCUGUCACUGUGAGGACUUGACUUCAUGGUCACUAGGACCAGCUGCUUUACUCUGCUCUCUGUCCAGGGAUAGGUUUCAUUCUUCAUCAAUGAAAUGCUUCCAGCACAAGCGCUUGAAAUAAUCCUUGAGAGAUUUGAAUGAACUUUAACUUUAUCUGCAGGUGAAGGAACACCUGUGAGAGUGCCUUGAAUAUCAGUUUCAAUUUUAUGAAGAAAAGCAUUUAGAUUCAAAGACGACACUAGAUAUUCUAUAUAUGCAUUCACCUUCAACGGUAAAUGAUUUGAUUUAAAUAAUGAAUGUGGACUAUUUGAUUUAGCAACAAAACAAAAUCCAACUAUAAUCUGGUCAUGUUGUAGUUCAUGAGAUAUCACAGAUUGUAAAAAAAUUGUUCACUGAGGUAAUUUUCCAGUGGGGAUCGCUGUUCCACCUGCACCGCUGCCUGCAUGAAUACACUGAUAUUGUGAAUGUGUUCAGGUUGAUGUGGUGUGUAACAGGAAGGAAACUGUUCAGAGAAACACACAAUGGAACCAAACAACAAGGAGGGCUGAAGGACUCAGCCUAUGAGUCAAAGUCAUAAUCAUACCAUACCUCUAUAAAUACUAUCUGUAGCUUUACAUAUUGUUGCCUUUGUGGUUUUUAAGAGAUUAUUGUGUGGUUGGUUGAUGUAUGAUAAAUGAUGUUAUGUGACAAUGUAAGAGACACAUGAAGAAUGUGAAUUACUGAGAAGCCACAACUGUUAUUUGUACAAUGCGUAGAUUUUCUACAUUGUUUGUUAGACACUGUCUGAACGUCAUUUAUCACAUACUGCUUAUUGUAUGGAAAACAGAGAAAUAUAUUACUGCUGUUUGUUUCAGGAGUAUAGCCUCAAAGAAUAACACUCUUGUUCUCAACACUUCUUUUUUUCUGACUUCUAUAGUCCCCUCUUAAAAUUGUUUUUAGAAUGCAUCAGAGAUGUUAUGUAGACUGCAAACCAAGUAAUGGCAAAAAAACUAAACCUAGCACAAAAAGUAAGGACAUUUGUUUUUGGGAGAUUAUUUCUUUGUGGUAACAAUGCUUCUUGGCAAUAAAUCUUA